AAAACAGACGGACGCACACAAGCGAAAGAACAUGGAGGGGGGAGGAGAGAGAAAAUAGAGGGGGAAUAAAUAAAAAGAAAUAAAGUGAGGGGGGAGGCCGGGAGGGGAGGGUUCCAUUUCCCCAAGUACUACACGAGGGAGAGAGGAGAGGGGGAGCAGAGAGAGAGAGGGGCAGAGACCAGCAGGUCUCCCCCAGCACACUACUUGAGGCAGCAGAGGCCAGAAGCGGCAGUCGUAACCAAGUGGCAUCAGUAGAUAGAGCCCAUCCAUCUAUCUAGCUCUACUGGUAUAGAUCCUCUCGCAUCGGUAGGAGGGCGAGGGCGAGGGUGGGGAGGAGGGCACGGGAGAGGCCGCCACCAGGCCAACUACCUAGUGGGGGAGGGCCGGAGGGUGGGGGAUUUCUCGGGGGAGGAGCGCCCGGGAGGACCUGAUUGGGGGCUCCGGGCCGCGAUCUCUGAGCGCAGAUUUGGUGCCUGCGAUCUGCCAUGGAUUCGGUUUAGGUUUGGGGAGAUCGAUCGGCUUCUCGCCACGAGAUCUAGAUUCGAUUUUUGCGCCUGUUUUAUUCGCGAGUUGUAGAAGAGGAGGAGCAAAUAAAUCAACAGGAGGAAGAAUUUCUCGGGGUGGGCAAGGGAGAAGGCAUGAUGCUGGAAGGGAAGCCCUACCUCGUCUCGCGCUCCCUGCCGAGCUCCUGCGAGCCCGAGACGGAGUGGGCGUACCUCGCGCACGAAGUCCUCAGCGGCAAGCGCCCGGCGCCGGAAGAAGUUGAGGAAGCUGACGGCGGCGGCAAGCGCAGCAAGCCGCCGUCUCCGCAGCCGCACACGCCGGACAUCGCUGAGGGCCACGGCUCCAGCCGCCAUGCCUCCGGUGGUGGGGAGCAACAGGGCACUGGGAGCAACCCCAUUAAUUCUAUCGGCCGUGACCUGACCAUCAAUUGCCUCCUCCGGCUAUCCCGGUCAGACUACGGCUCGGUGGCCUCCCUCAGCCGGGACUUCCGCUCCCUGGUCCGCAGUGGGGAGAUCUACCGCCUGCGGCGCCAGAAUGGGGUGGCGGAGCAUUGGGUCUACUUCUCCUGCAAUGUUCUUGAAUGGGAUGCAUAUGACCCAUAUCGAGAUCGCUGGAUCCGGGUGCCCAAGAUGCCACCAGAUGAAUGCUUCAUGUGCUCCGAUAAGGAAUCACUUGCAGUCGGCACUGAGCUGCUUGUGUUUGAGAUGGCGCGUAUUGUGUUCAGAUACAGCAUCCUAACCAAUUCAUGGACGAGGGCUGAUGCAAUGAACUCCCCCCGCUGCCUGUUUGGGUCAACAAGUGUUGGGGAGAAGGCCUUCGUAGCUGGAGGCACCGAUUCUAUGGGCACCAUACUGAGCUCUGCAGAGAUGUAUGACUCUGAGUCACAUACCUGGACGCCUCUCCCCAGCAUGAAUAGGGCAAGGAAGAUGUGUUCUGGGGUUUUCAUGGAUGGCAAGUUCUAUGUAAUAGGUGGCGUAGCCAACAACAACAAAGUACUGACUUGCGGGGAGGAGUAUGACUUGAAGAGGCGGUCUUGGAGGAUCAUCGAGAACAUGUCUGAAGGCCUCAACGGAGUGACUGGUGCUCCUCCCCUUAUUGCAGUUGUCAACAAUGAGCUCUAUGCUGCUGAUUAUAGUGAGAAGGAUCUCAAGAAGUAUGACAAGAAGAACAAUAAGUGGAUCACUCUUGGAAAGCUGCCUGAACGGUCUGUCUCCAUGAAUGGGUGGGGGCUUGCUUUCCGAGCAUGUGGUGACCGAUUGAUUGUCAUCGGAGGCCCGAGGACCUAUACUGGUGGUACUAUUGAGCUCAACUCAUGGAUCCCAAAUGAUCAGCCGCCUGUGUGGAAUAUGAUUGCCAGACGGCCAUCUGGGAACUUUGUGUAUAACUGCGCCGUGAUGGGUUGCUGAGUCCACUGAAUAAAAGAUGAAUGAAGUGGAUAUUUAUGAAGGAUUGUAUGCUCAGAGGCGGCUUGUCCAAUUGCUUCAGCCCUUAUUCUUCGUAGCGAUUUCUGCCUUCUGCCCAGUUCUGGAAUUAACUGGACAUCAGCUGAUUGUCAGCAGUCUCAUGUAACCCUUGAGUUCUAAUACUUCUAUUUCCCUGCUAAUCCAUUUCCACAUUUGCAUUUGGAUCAACUGCUCGUGAUUUCAAAGAUACGAGACUAGGCAAAACAAAUGUCAUAUUAAUAAUCUAGAAAAAAACUUUCAGAGGGUUUUUAUCUAUUGAUGUGAGGAACCUGUUAAGAAAUACUUGAUUCGCCUGCAGUUGCAACAAAUGCUAAUUCUUUUUCAUCCA